AUGUCCUGUCUAACGAGCAUUCUGCAGCUGUUGCAAGUACUGACAACGCUUACGGGUUGCAACAUCUACAGAUAUGUCGAAGGCAAGCGGGUAUUUCGACUGAAUCCGAAGAUGCAUUUCCUAGUGCGGACUAUACAUAGAUUCUGGUUACGACCCUGGCUAUUGGUUGUUAUUAUGUUGCAUACCAGCCACUGGUUAUCGGAGUUCCUUCAUGGACUUGCAGAUGCCACGCCAGGAAGCGAAAGACCCCUGAAUCUCAUCUAUAUAAUAGGAAUGACCAUCGCCAAAUACCAGAAUUUGUUCAUGAGCAUGGGAUUGGCCUAUUACUACAGAUAUCAUCAAAAAUUGAUUCAAAAAGUGCUCAAUGGCUUUGUUAGGAUCUAUUUUAGCUACGAGAAGAUCUGUGGACGAGCCCCUAGAAUAAACUGGUGGCUUUUCGGAAUUCAGGGUUACAGAAUCGUUUCCGCUUCAAUGUCGCCCUUUAUACAAACUAAAGGUCUGGUUAUCGGUUUACGAUUCAACUUGGACAUAAUUGUUCAAAAAUUUGGAAUACUCUUUAUAUGCCUGCAGCCCUUUUUAUUAUCCUUCGUUGUCCUCCUAGGUAUCCUCAUCCUUCAUGCCUGCUAUGACAUUCAAGAUCUUUCCCAGCAAAAAUCAUUCCAACUUUACGUCUUCUACAGGCAUCUGAUCAGACUUAGGCAAAACUUCGACUUCUUAGCCAGACCCUUUGUGUGGACCAUUUUAUUGGAAAAUUUUUUACUUUUCAUAGCGAGCUUCCAUUUACUCCUCUAUGAUCAGCAAUCAGUUAAGCACCUUGGUCAUACCCUCUUAGCUAUAUUUUUAUUUCCUGUAGCACUUCUACAUAUCAAUGUUGUUAUCAAUUCUGCCGAGAAAAAGUUUGGCCAUUUUAAAGCAAACUUCAGACCACAACGACAGACACAAAUGCUAUGGCUUUACCAGCAGGUAAUGAACGAAACGGUGGAUAAAAGUGAAAUGAAUGUCUUUCGUCUGGAUCGGGGACUUAUUUUGGAAAUGCUAAGACUGGGAUGGGUUUUCGCUAUGUUUACGAAUAGCUUAAUGCUUAAUAGCACAGCCAGUCUUAAACACUUUAAGACUGUUAAUUACAAGAAACUACUGUAGUUAGGGAAAAUUAUAUAGAACAGAACUUUUAUAACAAGUUGUAGUAUUCGGCCCUUCAGAAAUUUU